AUGUCGUCCGGUUCCAUUCGGAGGGGCAAUGGCCAUAAUUAUUUCGCCAGCUCCGAUGACUCGAAGAUCUGUGUGGUCAUGGUUGGCCUCCCAGCCAGAGGCAAGAGUCUCAUAGCUGGAAAAGCUAUGCGAUAUCUUGCCUGGGUUGGCAUCCCCGCUCGGGUAUUCAACGUCGGCAGCUACCGUCGUGCAGGCACGCCACAGCCCAAUGCGAACUUCUUCGACCCUCAUAAUACCGAAGGCGAGAAAAUGAGACGCGCCGCCGCCGAGGCUGCGGUGUCUGAUAUGCUCCAGUGGUUUCAGUCCGGGAAAGGCGUCGUAGCUAUCUUGGAUGCGACCAAUUCCACGAAAGAGCGACGGCGCUGGAUCCAUGAACGCUGCCAGGAGGCAAACGUCGAAACAUUAUACGUCGAGUCAAUAUGUGAUGACGAGGACUUGAUCAUGAACAACAUCUUGGAAGUCAAGACAACGUCGCCGGACUACAAGGGGCAGGACCCGGAAGUUGCUGCUCUCGAUUUCCGUAACCGCAUUCGCAAUUAUGAGAAGGUCUAUGAGACCAUUGAUGAUAACGAGAAGCACUUCACCUACGUCAAACUCAUCAAUGUCGGAUCGACCGUCAUCAUUAAUCAGAUUAAGGAUUACCUUUCCAGUCGGCUGGUCUACUACAUCCAGAACCUUCACAUCAAACCUCGCUCGAUCUGGUUAUCUCGACACGGCGAGUCAGAAUAUAAUCUAACGGGGAAAAUUGGCGGCGACUCCAACAUUUCAGAGCGAGGAGAGGCAUACGCCCGAGCGCUGCCCGGGUUAUUAAAGAAGUCAGGGGUUCCACCCAACACCAAGAUCGUUAUUUGGACGUCAACUCUGAAACGUACGAUUCAAACGGCUCGUCAUCUCGCCGCGGAGACGGGCUUCGAGAAGCUAGAGUGGAAGGCGCUGGAUGAGCUUGACUCCGGGGUCUGUGACGGGCUCACGUACGAGCAGAUUGCGGAGAAGUAUCCGGAAGACUUUGCUGCGCGCGACGAGGACAAGUACAACUACCGCUACCGGGGUGGCGAGUCAUACCGCGAUGUGGUCAUCCGGCUAGAGCCAAUUAUCAUGGAGCUGGAGCGUAGCGAGAACGUCAUUAUUGUCACACACCAGGCCGUUCUCCGCUGCAUCUAUGCCUACUUCCUCAACACGCCACAGGAGCAAAGUCCCUGGAUGGAGGUGCCGCUCCAUACGCUGAUCAAGCUCACGCCGCGCGCAUACGGCACCGACGAGCAGCGCUUCAAGGCAGACAUCCCCGCUGUUUCGACAUGGCGUGCGAAGGGCACGUCGGCCAAACACCAGGAAUAUCCCACGGAGAUCAAGGCAUGA